UUUGCCUGAAAGUUGCACAUGUAGCAAAACGCAUAGCCUAGUAAUGACAGUAAUCUCUGAUAACGUUCUCUUGAAAGCAGUCAGUCAUAAAAUUAACAAGGUAGCAUAGAAAGAAACGGGAAGGUAGUCGUACGCACUUGCGCAUCGAGUUCUCUGGUAGAUGAGGAAAUAACUGGUCUGCCCGUGCGUGUAGCCAGAACGCAGGGACUACAUCUGUGAAGUGAACCUCUUAUUUAACUAUAGAGCUGCCGUGUAACGUUAGCCAUAGCCUUGUCAUAGGCUACCUGAAUUUCUCUUAAUUGUAUCUAGGCAAACUUAACCAAUGAAACUUCUGUCAGAUGACAAUAGUGCCGAGUGGAACUAGGGAUUCGUCUGUUCUGAUCGGGAAAGAAGUCCUCCUCCCCGCGGCACCAACAGCAGGAGGAGGGUUGGAGAGUGGCGGCGGCAGACUUCCAUACACGGUGUUUAAGGUGGAAGUUUGGAGGGCUGGUGGCGUGUUCGUAAUUAACUAAUGAAGGGCAUGGAGGUGCUCCGCCGCUCCUCUGUAUUUGCGGCAGAAGUGAUGGAGGUCUUUGAUCGCUCACCCACGGACAAGGAGCUGGUGUCUCAAGCCAAAGCAUUAUGUAGAGACUAUAUUCAUUCAAGACUGAACCGGGCUGGAAUCGGUUGGUCUAAGCCCGAUCAUGGAUUUUCAACACCGGGGUCGGCACUUGGAGAGGUGUCCUCGGUCCUCUUGUGGUUAGGUGAUGAGCUUGAGUACCUGCGUCCAAAUGUGUACCGGAAUGUAGCCCGACAGCUCAACAUCCCUGUAGCGUCCGAAAACGUGGUGUCGGAUGCCUUCCUCGCUGUAGCAGCUGAAAUAUUCUCCACUGGCGUGACAUGGGGGAAGGUGGUGUCACUAUACGCAGUAGCGGGGGCGUUGGCGGUGGACUGCGUCCGGCAUGGCCACCCCGCCAUAGUGCACACCAUCGUGGACUGCAUGGGCGAGUUCGUCCGCAAGAGCCUGGUCUCCUGGCUGAAGAGAAGAGGCGGCUGGGUUGACAUUACAAAGUGUGUGGUCAACACCGACCCAAGCUUCCGUUCUCACUGGCUGGUAUCAGCAGCCUGCACCUGUGGCCACUAUCUGAAAGCUGUGGUCUUCUACCUGCUGAGGGAGAAAUGAGAGGAGAGAGCUGGUCAGAUGAGGUGAAGAACGAGACCACCGGUGACGAAGACGGUCUCUCAUCGUUUCUGACCAAUCACCGCUCUCAGUGUUAACAUUGUUUACACCUGCAGAAAGUUUGCACUGUGCCUCUGACUAGUAUUAUGGUAUCCACCACAUCAGCAGACCCACACAGUGCCUGUAUGUCUGUCCUGUGCUUCAGUGUCUCGCUUGCAUUCCGUUUUGGUCCUGGUCGGUUUGUCAACCUCCUCGAGACCAAGUACAUGAUGGGGUCGUGGUUCUGUACGUAGAAUACAGUGCAAUGUUAAGAAGAGUAGUUGCUUCUUUUAGGUUUCAAGUCUGUCCACGAAAUAUAUUCUGAGGAGGGGUCCAACACUGCCCCUUGUGGCUGACCCCAUGCAUGGUCAGCAGCACCUGAGGAUUUGAACUGGACAUGAAGCAGCUGGCAGAUUUACAGCCACUGCAAGGACUUCUUGGUGGAUAUUUUUGUGCUAAACUCCAACUAGAUGGAAUCUGGAUAUUGUUAUCACCCAGGCUUUUCCCCCUUUAUUUGAAACAAGAGCACUCUGGGACAGUGGGUGUGUGUGUGUGUGUGUGUGUGUGUGCGUGCGUGAGAGAGAGAAAGAAAGAAAGAGAGAGUGAGUAAGAGAGAGAGCGAGAGAAAGAGAGAGCGAGAGAGAGAGAGAGAGAGAGAGAGAGAGAGCGAGCGAGCGAGCAUGCACUUUGGGAAGGUCUGCUUGUUGAGGCCGUCUUCACAGAGGAAUGCAUUGUACCUUUGUUACGGCACAGUGAGUGGACUGCGUUUGAAGUAUUCCUGUAUAAUUCACUCAGGGUUGGAUGUUGAUCUCCCCCUCCCCCUUAUAUCCCUAACAUGAUAAGAGUUCCAGACCUUCCCAUAGUGUUUCUGAGGAAAGCGCUGGGUCUUUCUCUGUGGGAGACGCCCCUGUGGACUCUGCUCUGGCUGAUCAUUUGCGUGUCAUGGAUCAAGUCAGUGGCUUGUUUUUAUUUUUUUAUAAUUUCAAAUAAAUUUUAUUCUGUGAAUAACGACACCUCUCUACCAUUGUAUGUGUGUAACUGGCAUGCUUCACUGAAUGUAUGCAAAAAUAAACCUUUUAAAAUUCUCUAAA